AUGAACGUACGUCCGCCCAUCGAGGCUUCCAGUACCGAAGCUGUUUUGUCUGUCUCGUUCAAUAACGAUGCGAGUUGCUUUGCCGUUGGACUUGAUUCUGGUAUCUGCAUCUUUCACACAAAAUCAUGUCUUCUCAAGGCUUCAAGAGAUUUCAAUGCCGGUAUUGGUCUCGUUCAGAUGAUGGGUAUGACCAAUUAUCUCGCCCUUGUUGGUGGUGGUAGAUCUCCCAAGUUUGCGAUGAACAAAGCCAUAAUAUGGGACGACAUGAAGGGCAAGGUUGCUUUAGAAAUAACAGCUCUUACAGCCGUUCGUGGUGUUCAGCUAGGUAGGGAGCGCAUCGCCGUUGUCCUACAAAAUAGUGUCCGCGUCUACUCCUUCGCCAAGCCUCCAGAUCUCCUCCACGUCUAUGAGACUUCAGACAAUCUUCUCGGUCUCUGCUGUCUCUCAGAGAAGAAGCUUGCUUUCCCUGGCCGGACCGCUGGACAGAUACAACUCAUCGAGUUGGCUACCGGCAAUGUCAGCAUUAUUCCUGCUCACUCUUCAGCCCUUAAAGCUAUUGCUCUGAGCCCAGAUGGCGAACUUCUUGCCAGCGCAAGUGAAACCGGAACUCUCAUCCGUGUCUACUCUACAAGCAACUGCGCAAGACUUGCCGAGCUUCGCCGUGGUAUUGAUCCUGCCACUAUCUUCUCCCUCGCCUUCUCACCCUGCGGCACCAUCCUCGCUUGCACCUCCGACAAAUCCACCCUGCAUGUCUUCGAUGUCCCUCAUCCACGAAAGCCAGGAAUGAAUCGAAGUCAACAGCUUGGUGCUUCUGGGUCAGAUCCCGGAGAUGGAACCGGGAAGUGGGGCAUUCUUAGCAGGAUUCCCUUAAUGCCUCGAGUCUUUUCCGAUGUUUACUCCUUCAGUUCAGCGCCCUUUGAGGCUGGGGAUGAAGCUGCUAUUGGGGGCAUCCCGUUCUCGGAAAGCACAGUUUUGGGAACAACUCGGCCGCCAAAGGGCGUCAUUGGCUGGAUCGCCGAUGACAGUCUUGUGGUCAUUGGGGCAGGACACGAUGCGCGAUGGGAGAAGUUUGUUAUUGUAAAUGGUGAAGAUGGCAAGCGACACUGCGUGAGGGAAGGUUGGAAACGGUAUCUGGGCAACACAUGA